AUGGCAUCCGGCUACAGCUACAACGGAGGCAUUCCCCGUUGUUUCGCCUACUGGCAGGAGUUCUCUAAGUGCUAUGCCAAAACUGAUGUGCCAAGCCAAUGCAAACCUCAGGCGGAAGACUACCUAGAAUGCUUGCACCAUACUAAUGAGAUCGCGCGAGCGAAGGCGAUCAAAGCAGAGUUUGUGAGGAAGGCCGAGCACCAGGCUCACGAAGGCCGGAAAGCGGCGGAUAUUCUCGCAGACGGUGUGAUCGUUGGCGUCGGGCUCAUACAGCGAGAGGAAGCAGCACAAGCGAAAUAGAGUUGCUCUGGCGAAGAGGUCUACUUCCAAUAUCGUUGUUACAUGUGCGGGUUGCUGAGCAUGAGCUGCCCUUUGAAUCGUGGCCCAGGUAGAAUUGUCUGCAUCGGCGUCUCUGCAUCAGUCUUGUUGUUCGUUCCUUGACUAGAUGUAGGCCCGGCUCCUGCAGGAUCUGAACUUGAAUGUAUUCUCAAAUAUGUGUGAGCAGGCUGGUCGGAUGUUACACGAAUAGGUUCUGGGUCAGAGUCUAGUUUCCAUUUUUGGC